GAAAGAGCAGCAAGAAAAUAGCGCGGACAUGACGGAUGUUUUCGAUGUUGAAUCAGGCCAUCGACGAUUCAUUCAUACAUGAUACAUCUGUGGGCGUACUUAGGGUUUGUUCAAACUGCGGCCUCAGGCACCAGCGAAAUUCAAGCUUGGCAGUACCUGGCAUAUGCAAUGCAAAGGCAAAGAUCAAGCAGUCGAUGCGAUGCAGGGAGCUGGUUGGACAGGUCUGGCUGCCUUGCUGCUUGCAUGCGUCUUAGCCACUUGUCUUAUUUGCUGUAUUAUUACCGAGUCUAUGGUCCCUUGCAUUAGUGUGACAGGAGAGAACAGCGCUUGGCAGGUGUUUUACAUCAC